AUGCACACAUUCUGGCUCCGCCUACGAGAUCCGCCGGGUGGUACCUCCACGUUCGACAGUCAGAGACCGUCUACCACCUACUUUGUGAAAUAUAAUCUGUGUAGUGAAAAAAUCUAUACAUACACGAGAAGUGCAAGCACUUUCAGAGCCUGCUCCACUCUUCAAGCUAGUUUGUCCGCAUUGUUUACUUCACUAUUACAAAUGUAA